GGCGGGCCCCGCUGGCUCCCGAGAUCCGUCCAGAACCGAGGUCGCGCGGCACGGGCUCUUGACGGGACCGGACGGCCUGGAGUCCUGGCGGGGUUCGACAUCUGAGGCUCCAAGCGCGGCCCGAGGUAAGCGAAGCCGCCCUGCACUCCCAUCCGCACCCAAAGUUUAACUUCUCAACAUCCCUCAGGACUGAGUCAGAGACGCCCUCCCUCCAAAGCGCAGCCCGGUUCCUUCGUCCCCUCCCAGUGUUCGCCCGCCUCAGGGUCACGCAUGCGGGAAGAGCGCAAUAAAUAUCAGAGGUGAGUAAAAGAAACGGGGCAAAGAAACGGGGCGGCUUGCAGGGUGUGGUGCUCACGCCUGUAAUCCCAGCACGCUCGAGGCUGAGACAGGAGGAUCCUCUUGAGUUGAAGGCCAGCCAGGACUACAUGUCGAGGGCCUGUCUCAAAAAAGAGAAAGAAGAAAUCGGGGGCCAGUAGAGGCAAAAAGUGCACCGGGUCUGUAGUGGGGGCUCUGUGGGUGCAGCGCUGUGUGCUCCGCGCCCCCAGCGUCUGUGUCCAUUUCGCAGAGGAGGAUCGGACUCAGAGAGGUGGGUUGAGCUCCCCGAGGCAGCACAGGUCUCAGGGGCUGAGGCGAGUGUUUCUCAGUCCACCACAGGUUGCCAAGUGGAGCCUCAGGGCCUGCACGUGGAGUCGUCAGGAGAACCGGGGCCCAGCAGUUCCUGAACCCCAGAGCAAGCAGAACUCUGGGAGGGAAGCAGCUGAAGACCAGGCCUGUGGCCGAUGGGCAGUGGAUGGCUGGACCCACGCCGGCUGCUGAGCUGGCUCUCUGUGCUGCUGAUGGCAGAGGCAGCGUCCAGGGUGAGGGCCUCGUCCACAGGGGCUCCUCGGUUUCCUGCUGCAGGUGUCGUCUGGACCCCCACGGUGGAUUGUCGCAGCGUGUGCGGCCUCAACGUCUCUGACCGCUGCAGCUUCAUCCGCUCGAACCCCAACUGCCACAGCAACAGUGGCUACCUGGACUACCUCGAGGGCAUCUUCUGCCACUUCACGCCCAGCCUCCUGCCCCUGACCAUCACCCUCUAUGUCCUGUGGCUGCUGUACCUGUUUCUGGUUCUGGGCGUCACCGCGGCCAAGUUCUUCUGCCCCAACUUGUCAGCCAUCGCCACCACCCUCAAGCUGUCCCACAACGUGGCAGGUGUCACCUUCCUGGCCUUUGGGAACGGCGCCCCUGACAUCUUCAGCGCCCUGGUGGCUUUCUCAGACCCGCGCACGGCCAGCCUGGCCAUUGGGGCCUUGUUUGGUGCCGGCGUGCUGGUCACCACCGUGGUGGCCGGAGGCAUCACCAUCCUGCGCCCCUUCCUGGCCGCCUCUAGGCCCUUUCUCAGGGACAUCGCUUUCUACCUGACGGCCGUGUUCCUCACCUUCACCGCACUCUACCUGGGCAGGGUCACGCUGGCCUGGGCCCUGGCCUACCUAGGCCUGUACGUGUUCUACGUCCUCACUGUGAUCCUCUGCACCUGGAUCUACCGAUGGCAGUGCAGGAGAUCCCUGGUCUACUCCAUGCCGGGGACACCAGAGCUGCUGUCGGACUCGGAAGAGGACCCCAUGUCUUCAAAUACCAGCAGCUAUGACUAUGGUGACGAAUACCGGCCAUUCUUCUACCAGGAGACCACAGUGCAGAUUCUGGCCCGGGCCCUGAACCCCCUGGAUUCCCGGAAGUGGAGAAGCCAGUCGGUGUCCUGGAGGGUCCUCAAGGUGCUCAAGCUGCCGGUGGAGUUCGUGCUGCUCCUCACCGUGCCGGUGGUGGACCCGGACAAGGACGACCAGAACUGGAAACGGCCGCUCAACUGUCUGCACCUGAUCGUCAGCCCUGUGGUCGUGGUCCUGACGCUGCAGUCGGGGGCCUCUCUUUGCUUUCCUGGGCUUCCUGACCAGUGCCCUGUGGAUCAAUGCAGCUGCCACGGAGGUGGUGAACAUCUUGCGGUCCCUGGGUGUUGUCUUCCAGCUGAGCAACACGGUCCUAGGGCUUACGCUGCUGGCCUGGGGAAACAGCAUUGGAGAUGCCUUCUCGGACUUCACGCUGGCCCGCCAGGGUUACCCAAGGAUGGCGUUCUCCGCCUGCUUCGGCGGCAUCAUCUUCAAUCUCCUGGUGGGCGUGGGGCUGGGCUGUCUGCUGCAGACUGCCCGGGGCAGCCCGGAGGUCAAGUGCUUCCAGCUCAGCAAAGCCUACGGCGUCUGUCUGCUGCUCUUCUAUGCUGCCUUCCUCGUCGUGGCCCUGCUCACGGAAUUCGGGGUGAUUCACCUGAAAAGUGUGUGACUGAAGCCACCCAGUGUGUGGCCCUGGGAUUGAGGGGGUCCCCAUGGCCUCCUGAAGGCAGAACAGGACAUGCUCCUGCGGUUGCUCUCGCUGCCAGAGCUCGGGAGCCACCAGUGUCCCCUUGGCUACCAGCAGCCACAGCCCCACUGCUGGGCCAGGGGUCUGCUCAGCAGGGCCGUGUGCCCAUGGGCUGAACCCCUGGAGCAAGCUGAGCCCCUCUGAGGAAGCUGGAGUUGGGGCAGCAGGUGGCCACGGAGGUCAGCCCUGCCUCCUCCCACGCUGGCUUCUGGCUGCCUGCACAACCCUGGCAGAGUCAGGGGGACUCGGACUGAGGGCCCAGGACAAGUUCUAGAGCCCCCCAGGUGAGCCACAUCAUCGAGAAUUUCUAGGGUUCAUAAACCAAGAAAAACAGGAGAUGGCCGCCAACACCUGUCGCUGGACAGCGGCUCCAAGACCUCGCUGGGGCAGCCACGUGGCCAGACAGUGGCUCUGGACGGUCCUUAGAACCCUGAGCCCAGAACCCCGGGUCCCCGGCUGCAACACAGGAGUCUGCUUACCUCAGCGUGCGGGGUGGCCCUGCCUUUCAGUACUUCGCUCCUUUGCCUUCCGUUGUCUGUAAAGGGAUUUGGUGUUUUCUAAAUAAAGUAUUUCCAGUGCUCAGGAAGUA